UCCUUGACUCAAUUCUUAACCCGCUGGAGGGACGAGGUUGACAAGGUAGAAGAGAUGGACGAUAAGACGGCCAUGUCUUUACUGAUGAAUGCCUUCCGGUCAGGUGACCUCUACACUGAAUUCUGUAGAAGGCCACCCUCCUCUUAUCAGGAAGCCUACAAUACGGCAUGGGAGUAUGCCGAGGCGGAAGUCCUGAACAAAAGCAAGCGGGAGCUGGAAGAAGGCUACACAAAGGUGAAAUCUGACAAGCCGAAGAAGGAUGACCAGACGGGAGGGUCCAAGCCAAAGGCCACGUAUGACGGGUCCAUCCACCAAAUAAGAGAUGAUAAGAAGGGAGAGCAACUCAAGAGACCAUGGACGGAGAAGUGGUGCACAUACCACCAAUCCAAUUCCCACAACACGGCGGACUGCCGAAAUGUCAAGGCUGUGCUCAAGGAGAUGGCCUUGAACGGAGAGCUGGGGGAAGGUUAUGCAGCGGGGAAUAAAAAGGACCCGAAAACGAACACCUGGACCCGUCCUCAAGGAAAAGACCAGGGAAGGAGAAAAUCAGGGAAGGACGACAAGCCGGAUAAGGAGUUCAUAGAGAUGAUUGUUGGCGGCCCGGAAGGCGGGGAUACUGCCUCCCAGCGGAAGAACUGGGCUAGGAGUCUACAUGUGUCGGUGGUUUCCCUGGAAUCUCAUGGGAAGCAGGCACGGAGGGAACCUAUCACUUUCACUGAUAGGGAUUUGCCCAGGACGGGGGGAGAUCAUAAUGACCUUUUGGUCAUUACAAUGGACAUCAAUGGGGCAGAUGUGGCCAGAGUCCUGGUUGAUACGGGAAGCAGUGUCAAUGUUUUGUACUUGGAUGCUUUCAAGAAAUUGAAGCUGGACAGGUCCAUGCUGAGGCCAUUGCAAACCCCAUUGUCAGGCUUCACUGGAGCCAGCAUAGAAGCAGAAGGUCAGAUCACCUUACAAGUUACCUUGGGGUCGGGUAACAAAACAGUAACCAAGCAAAUGAGAUUUGUUGUGGUUGAUAUCAAGUGUGUACAUAAUGCCAUUCUUGGUAGACCUGGAAUCAACCAGGUCAGGGCCAUCAUUUCUAUGGCACACUUGUGCAUGAAAUUCUACACUCCCAAUGGAAUCGGGGAGGAAAGGGGUGACCAAAAGAAUGCCCGGUCCUGCUACUUGGAAGCAGUCAAGAAAAUGACCCGCCAAUUCGAACAAAUUGAAUUGGUCUCCCAGCAAGUAGACAAGGGAGAGGAGAAGGCUAGAAUCGAGCCGGAUGCAAACACGGAGGAGAUCCAAAUUGAUGCCUCCAAUCCUGAGAGGAAGGUCAAGAUUGGGGCUGAUCUUCAGGAGGAGUUAAGGACUGAGGCCGUGGCUGAUUUUCUUGUGGAGAUGACGGGUCACCAAGAAGAAGAACCGGCCAAGGCCAUCACUGAGCCAUGGUGGUCCAUGUCGGUAGAUGGAGCCUCUGGACCGAAAGGUUACGGGGGAGGCGUGGUAUUCACAACUCCGGAAGGGUUCAAGGUGUAUCAUGCCUUGAUCUUUAAUUUCAAGCUCACAAACAAUGAGGCCGAGUAUGAGGCGUUGAUAGGGGGUCUGAGAUUGGCCAAAACCCUACAAAUCACAUGCCUCCGGAUUAAAUCUGACUCAAGCUUGGUGGUAGGCCACAUCAAUGGCAACAUGGAGGCCAAAGGAGAGAAGAUGCAGAAGUACAGAGACUUGGCAAGGGCAUUAUUGAAGGAUCUGACCGAGUAUGUGAUGGAGCAAAUCCCUAGGGGGGAAAACACCGAUGCUGACUUGCUGUCAAAAUUGACGCAAGCAGCCCCGGAGCAUGUGUCCAAGCUAGCCAGGAUUGAGACGCUGGAGAAAGCCAGCAUUGAAGGGUUUUCUGUUAGCAUGAUAGAGGAAGAGGGACAACCCAAUCCAGAUCGAGUGGAGCCAGAUGAUAUUUGGAUGGAUGACUUGGUCAGGUAUUAUAUGACCGGGCAAUUCCCUGAGGAUGAGGAUAGGAUAAGAAAAAUAAAGCUGAGGGCUCCAAGAUUCCAAAUGCUUGAUGGAAGGCUAUACAAAAGGGCAUUUGGCGGUCCGCUGCUGAGAUGCUUGACCAGGGCGGAGGCGGAAAGAGUGAUUGCUGAAGUUCAUGAGGGUGUCUGUGCAGCCCACCAAAUGUCCAGGACACUCGCUCAAAGGAUCAUUUUGCUAGGUUAUUUCUGGCCUACAAUGAACCAAGAUUGCGAGAAGUAUGUGCAAAGGUGCAAGACCUGCCAGGUGUUCUACAAGUUUCCGGGAAGGCCUGCGACAUACUACCAUCCAGUUUCUAAUGUUAUCCCAUUUGCAAGGUUUAGGAUGGACAUCAUUGGAGCCUUUCCCCAAGCACAAGGGAGGAAGAAGUAUGUCAUGGUUGCUAUCGACUACUUCACAAAAUGGGUAGAAGCCGAGGCAUAUGCAACCAUCACAACCAAGCAGUGCCAGCGCUUCGUCUGGAAGAAUAUAAUCACCAGGUUCGGGUCUCCUCGAAACAUUGUGACGGAUAACGGGCCUCAAUUUCGGAAUCCAGGGUUCACCAAAUACUUGGAGGACUUCGGGGCUACUCACAACAAGGCUUCCGUGGCCUACCCGCAAGGGAAUGGUCAGGUGGAGAAUGCGAACCGCACCAUAGUCGAUGGGAUUAAAAAGCGGUUGGGUGAGGCAGGAACAAAUUGGCUAGAGGAGCUGCCACAUAUCAUCUGGGCUUACCGGGUCACUUCGAGAAGGGCCACAGGGGAGACACCUUUCGUCCUUACAUAUGGAUGUGAGGCCAGACUACCCAUCGAAGCAAAAAUAAUGACCUUCCGGGAAAAGAUCUAUGAGGAGAAAGGAAAUGAAGAAGACCAUAUGGCAGAACUGAACUUGCUGGAGGAAAGGCGGAUGGUCGCUGAGGCUAAAAUGAUAGAGUAUCAGCAAGCAACCAAGGCCUACCAUGAUAACAAGGUAGGGCCUCGCUAUUUCCAGGUGGGUGAUGAGGUCUUGAGACGAAGGGAGGCCAGCAAACCGGGAGACGGGGGAAAGCUUGCAAAAAAAUGGGAAGGCCCAUAUAGGGUCACAGCGAUAUUACGCCCUGGGACGUACAAGUUAGAAACCAUGGAAGGUAGAGAAUUGGAAAGGUGCUGGAAUUCCCACCACCUUAGAAAAUUCUACCGGUAGGCCAAAUUGGCAGGGCAUGCAUUUGUAAUACCCUUUCGAUGAUGAAUAAAGCUUUCUUCAAUAU